AUGUCGUUCCUGUUUUCUUUCAUUGGGAAGAAGAUUCUCGCCGAAUCUGCGCGAAAUCACUUCGGACAAGAGGACCCCUACUUUGAAGAAGUACCUGCGUCACGAAUAGGACGAGCCUUUGGCAAAAAGACACAGAAGCGGCGCAAAGCCAACCCGCCCGGACUCUCCGAUAACGACACGAAGGUUCUCACUCGCGUCAAGCGACGCGCCUAUAGACUGGACUAUUGCCUUUUCAGCCUCUGCGGGAUCAGAUUCGGUUGGGGUAGUGUAAUUGGUUUGAUACCUUUCAUCGGUGAUGCCGCCGACGCCGCGCUAGCGAUGAUGGUACUGAAAUCAUGCGAGAGCAUUGACGGAGGGCUUCCCCCUCGCCUUCGAAUGCAGAUGAUCAUGAACAUUUUGUUCGACUUCGUCAUUGGCCUCGUGCCAUUUGUGGGAGACAUUGCCGAUGCAGCGUAUAAGUGCAACACACGAAACGCCAUUGUUCUCGAGAAAUACUUGAGAAGCAAGGGAGCCAAUGAAGCUUCUAAUGGAGGAAGACGGCAUGACGCUGGUAUUGAUCCAAGUCUUCCAGACGAGUUCGACCGGUAUGAUUCAGAGGCCGUUGAGCAUCAUGCUCGCGAUGGGCCCGCACGUACCAAAAGCACAAGCGAACCAGCCCAGCCUGCAGCCGCAAAAAUCCCGAAAAAGUCGAAAUCUCAGAAGAGUCGACUUGGUAGGUCAACACGGAGAGAAAGUGACCUUGAAAGCGGUAAUAUCCGGGGAUGA